AUGAGAGGAGGCGGACAGAGGAGCGGCCAGCUCUGCCAGGGUCCUCGCUCGGGAGACGGCCGGGCGGAGGCUGUGCAGUCAGGGGACGAGGAGCGAAUUCGGGCGCUCGCUCGGAAGGCCACCCAGAGGCCACCGCAGCUAUUCCCCUCGCUGGGCACGACCUCAGAGUGGAGUCAGAACCGGCCCGGGCCACACCGCGGCUGA